AGCGUGGCAGAGGAAGCAAGCUCUUUCGUUCGCUCUGCUCUGCUGCAAGCACAUUAGAAAGCAGUCGGCAACGAAGGCAGGGGACAUGACGAGGAACCUCGCCAUUGUUCAGGAGAUCUGAUUCUCGACACGUUCUGUCCAUGGAGGAGGACUACGAUGUGGACGUGGCUGAAGUGUUCAUGGGAAGGCUCGGAGCAGGCCAGUGGUGGAUGCGCUUUGGGAAGGGGGACAGCCAGGAGGCCCAGAGCGCUUACGUGGUCAACAGUCGCAGCUGGGCUGAGGAGCUUCGGGAGUGUUACGACGGGGGACAAAGCAGACUGUCCAGCAUCUCGGCCCAGCGAAAUGAGAGAGAGUCUAUCAGGCAGAAACUGGCCCUGGGCAGUUUCUAUGACGACGAGCCAGUCAUCUUCACCAGCUACAGCAAGAGCGACCUGUCUUCUCGGUUCCACAGCGGCGUCAACCUGCAGGUGUGUUUUGUCAACGACAGCAGCAGCAGCAGCGACAAAGACAGCGAUGCGGAGGACAGCAGGACAGAAACCAGUCUGGACACACCCUUGUCACCUGUGAGCAAGCAGAGCUCGUCGUUAUCGGAUCGAGACACGGCGGAGGAGGAUUCGGACCCGCUGGACGACUGCGGCGGGUUCUGGCGGGUGCAGCGGAGGCUCCAGGAGGAGGCACGGGUGGCCCUGGCUCUGGCCAGACCCAUGGCCCGGAUGCAGGUGGAGGUGGAGAGGCAGAUCCAGCAGCAGCACAGACGCUCGCCUGUGGCAGAUCUGCUUCCGCAUCUGCCUCACAUCAGCGAAUGUUUGAUGAAGAGGAAUCUGAGGCGAGGCGACAUGAGGGAUAUGAGUCUUGGGCAGCUUCAAGUGAUCACAAACGACUUGCACUCCCAAAUCCAGAGUCUCAACGAGGAGCUGGUGCAGCUGCUGCUACUGAGGGACGAGCAGCAUGUUGAGCAGGAUGCCAUGCUGGUGGACAUCGAGGACCUCACCAGACAUGCUCACAGCCAUCAGCGACAUCGGGCUGAGAAAGCCAACGCGAAAUGAAUUCCCACGUGUCCACCUGCACGCCACUCAUUGGAUUGUCACUUGUGUUGCCACGGAAACUCCAUUUGUGCUGUCUGUGGAGAAAAGGAAGAGGCCCUAUAGUGUUCAGAACGUAUCGCACCACUGGACCCGGAUGCUUCUUGCUUUCUACUCUGCUCAACUGCUCAUGGCAGAUUUCGAAGGGUUCUCGACGUCAUUCCGUCCGUCCGUCCGUCCGUCAUCAAACCAACUUUGCCACCUUAUGUCCAUUUUGAGAUGGGUGGAGAAAGCACUUGCACACUUUCUUCUUGAUUUGUCCCUCGUAGUGGAAACUAGAAUUCACUGUUGCAAUAGAAAUGUAGUCAGUCUGUCUCCAGUGCUCAUUAGAAAGGAUGGCUUGGAUGCUGCUGCUGCUGCUGCUGCUGCUGCUGCUGCUGCUGCUGCUGCUGCUGCUGCUGCUGCUGCAGCACCACUGAGACAAACAACUGGAUGUACAACAAUCGCUGCUAUAGUGCCCACUUUCAUUGGACCUUCAUUCUUGCACAUUUGCAUCGCAUACAACACACCGAUGAUAUGAAAGGUAUUUUUUAGGAGUAGCAAAAGCAUCGUGAACUGCCUCAAUUGAUUUUUUUUCUUAGGGUAAAUUUAUGAAGAAGAAAAAAACAACAACUAAAUCCCAGACUAUACAUAUACACAUAUAUAUAUAUAUCUCCCUAUUUUAUGUGAUAGAAAGGUUUAUGGAUGGCAAAGUUGUCUAUGAAAGAAAAACAACUCGUUGCUUAUUAUCAGUGUGUCCUUUGAGCAUAAAGUCGACUUUGAUUUUCUAUUGUAUGCUCCGCGUAUACAUGUCUCGUAUGACGACUGUAAAGAUAUGGGAUAAUAAACAUUUCAAGUGUG